AAGAGGAGGAAGCCUCCCCCCCAAUGCUUUUGCUCGUAUAUAUAGAGAGGCUAGAAGAGCGUUUUCGAAGGAGAAGAACCCGGGCGAGAGAGAGAGAGAGAGAGGCUUUGAAAGAUGGAUAGUCUCAGAAACAGAGGCAUGUUUCGGGUGUCAGUAUGUGGGGAAGAAGAGAUAGAGCAUCUGUCAAGAGAUAGUAGUCAUUACAGUCUAUCGACUGGGAUUCUCCCGUCGCUUGGAGCCAGAAGUAACCGUAGAGUCAAGCUCAGGAGAUUCAUUGUUUCCCCUUAUGAUCGUCGUUACAGGGUAUGGGAAACUUUUCUGGUUAUUUUGGUCGUCUAUACAGCUUGGGUAUCACCAUUUGAAUUUGGAUUCCUUAAAAAACCAGAGUCACCACUCUCCGUUACUGAUAAUGUUGUUAAUGGAUUCUUUGCCCUGGAUAUUAUUCUCACCUUCUUUGUUGCAUACCUUGAUAAAACUACAUAUCUACUCAUUGAUGAUCCGAAGAAGAUUGCUUGGAAGUAUGGCAGUUCCUGGUUGGCUUUGGACAUUAUAUCCACAAUACCAUCCGAACUUGCUCAGAAGAUUUCCCCUAAGCCAUUGCGUUCAUAUGGCUUAUUUAAUAUGCUUCGCCUUUGGCGUCUGCGCAGAGUUAGUGCCUUAUUUUCCAGGUUAGAAAAAGACAAGAACUACAACUACUUCUGGGUUCGAUGUGCAAAACUUAUUUGUGUUACCCUUUUUGCGGUUCAUAGUGCUGGAUGCUUCUAUUAUCUUAUUGCUGCUCGAUAUCAUGAUCCUGGAAGAACAUGGAUUGGAGCAUCUUUGGGAGACAAUUUCCUUGAACAGAGCUUGUCAAUUCGAUAUGUGACAGCAAUUUACUGGUCUAUCACUACACUGACUACUGUUGGCUAUGGGGAUUUGCAUCCUGUGAAUACUAGGGAAAUGAUAUUUGACAUUUUCUACAUGCUCUUCAACCUUGGAUUGACAGCAUAUUUGAUUGGAAACAUGACAAACUUGGUUGUCCAUGGAACCAGCCGAACUAGAAGAUUUAGGGAUACCAUUCAAGCUGCUUCAAGUUUUGCCCAAAGAAACCAAUUGCCGCCUCGCCUACAGGAUCAGAUGCUUGCACAUUUAUGUCUGAAGUUCAGGACAGAUUCCGAGGGGCUGCAGCAGCAAGAGACUCUUGAUUCCCUUCCUAAAGCUAUCCGUUCAAGCAUUUCACACUAUCUUUUCUACUCUCUUAUGGAUAAGGUGUACUUGUUUCGUGGUGUAUCGAAUGACUUGCUUUUUCAGCUGGUCUCAGAGAUGAAAGCUGAAUAUUUUCCUCCCAAAGAAGAUGUCAUCCUGCAGAAUGAAGCACCUACAGAUUUCUACGUCCUUGUCAGUGGUGCUGUGGAUCUAUUGGUUCUCAAAAAUGGAGCUGAACAGGUUGUUGGAGAGGCAAAAACAGGUGAUCUCUUGGGUGAGAUAGGAGUGCUUUGUUAUAGGCCACAACUCUUUACAGUACGUACAAAACGAUUGUGCCAACUACUACGGCUAAACCGUACUACAUUCCUGAACAUUAUUCAGGCCAAUGUUGGAGAUGGCACCAUAAUCAUGAAUAAUCUCCUUCAGCAUUUGAAAGACAUGAAUGACCCAAUUAUGGAGGGAGUUUUAAUGGAGACAGAGAACAUGCUAGCUCGUGGGAGAAUGGACCUACCCCUCAAUCUUUGCUUUGCCACACUCAGGGGAGAUGACUUGUUGUUGCAUCAGCUAUUGAAAAGGGGGCUUGAUCCUAAUGAGUCAGACAACAAUGGAAGAACAGCUCUGCAUAUAGCUGCAAUGAAAGGAAGUGAGAACUGCGUUAUUCUCUUACUGGAUUAUGGUGCAAAUCCUAACUGUAAAGAUUUUUUUUUUUAAUUGGGGGAAGGAGAUUCGAACCCUUCUCUCUAGCCAGGGGGAUCAUGCACCAAUCAAUGAGUUAAAUGCUCGGGUGUUUUUCUCUCUUUAGAUUUGCAGAUGAAAGAGUGUAAAAAUGCAGAAGCUUUACUAUGCUGCGAGAGAUACAUUUUUUUCUCCUCUAUUUGCCCUUUUAGUUUCAAUAAUGAGUGGCAACUCUUUGAUAUCAUCAUCAAAUUUUUGGUCAAUUAUUUUCUUAAUAUGAAGACCAAAUCAUGCCAAUAUAUUUUUGUUGACCAGCUUAUUCUCUUAUUUAGAGCUGCUAUUUGUAUGACUUAUGUAUCAGAUAUCCUUCUGUGAUAGUUGCUAAAAAAAAUAGUACUCUUUUUGAUUUAAUAGUUCUGAAAUUAUUUAAAAUGUCUCUGAUAAGAUGUUUGGCACCUUCUAUGAUUUAGUUAAACAAUUAGCCCUAAAAUGUCAAACAAAAUUAUCUUGACAAGACUUGUUAUAGUUGACUUUCCUUUCUUGGUUAACAUGUCCUGUUUAUAAGUCUAUGGAUUUGUGAAUUCAUGUUCAGUAUUUCAAAUAAUUCUGUAAUUAUGAUGGAUUAGCUAAAAUAGUUUGAAUUAUUUGGUCAAAACCUUUAAGAUCCUCCUCAAGCAUUUUUUUUUAAUCCCACAGCAGGAUAUGAUUCAAGAAAUAAUUUGCAGUUCAACUGAUUUGUUUAUUUU